AUGAUAUGGUUUAUUCUAAUAUUUAUUGCUUUAACAAGAGGGGAAAAUCCAAAGCCAGAAUUUAAUUUAAUUGGAACAAACUAUAGCCUGAAUUAAUAUUAAUAAUUGAGGUAACUUUAAAAUGAAAGUGAAUAAUAAGAGGGAAAUUAAAUCUGCAAAGUAGUAAUUAAAAAUUGUAAAUUGUGUUUUUAAUCUGGAUUAUGUAAAGAGUGCGACAAGGGUUAUUACUCCAAUAAAAACUCUGGUGAAUGUCUACCUUGCAAUAGCUCUUGCGAAUAAUGUGAUGGUCCUUCAGAAAAAAACUGUACUAUUUGCUCAAAUAAUUUAGUAUUUUCACCUUAACUAAAAUAAUGCUUGAAAAAAUGCAAGGAAGGUUAAUUUUUUAACCAAGAAAUUAAUUAAUGUGAAUUAAGAAUUUAGAAUUGCUUGAUUUAUUCUGAUUAAGAAUAAAAUCUAUGCUAAUUGUGUGAAUUUGGUUAUAGUUUGAAUAUAUUUAAUAAUAAUUGCGAAUCUAAUCUAAAUAUUCAAUAAGUAGAAGAUAUAUAAGAGUCUGUAUAAAAGACGAAUUAAAUAAGAAAUCUUUAAUAAUAUAAUAAUUAAUUUAGUGAUAUUCAAUUAUAUACCCAAAUAAUUGAUAUCCUUUCAAUAGCCAAUAUAUCUUUAAUACUAAUUUCAUCAAUAUUUACAAAUUUUGGUUCAACUUUAGGAUGGACUUUCAUUCAAAAUUAAUAAAUUAUUGGUAAUUAUAUUUUUUGUCCAUAUCUGAUUUUACUACAAAUGAACUAAUAUGAAAUGAAGUCAAGCUACGCUCACCACUUAUUUACUAUUAUUCCUAAUUUAUUUAAGUUUUUAUCAUCUGACAAUCAAGUGCUGCUUCAAUUUAAUAAUUAAAGCACUAUACUAAAAAUAGAUGACUUUUGGAGUAGUUUCUUGAUUAACUGCUUUUUACCUUUGAUACUACUAGGAACAUGUAUUCUUUUUUUAUUCAUCUUUUUCUUAAUUACAAUUUCAAAUAACAAAGAAGAGUAAACUCUAAGCUUAGCUUAAAGAAUUUACAAUUUUAUAAAAUGGAAUGCUUUUGUUAACCUGUUCAGAAUAAUUGGUAGUUUUUUAAUCCUAGAUUCAAUUUUUGUGUUAUAUUGGAAGAAAAAUACUUCAAUCACUGACUAUGUUUUCAGCUCAGUUUUUAUUGCUAUUUAUAUACUACUUUAUAUAUAUUGGAGUUUAAUUAUUGGCUAUUCGUACGAUAAAAUUAAAUUUUAAAGUAUAACCUAAUACUCUACUUUAAUCUAGUAAAUAGAAGUUUCUAACAUACUUCAAAGGAUAUUUUGGAUAUUAUUUGAAUGGAAAAAGAUUAUCAUCACUGUAUUCUAAGCAUUUUUUAUAUUUGAUCAAAAUAAAUCAUAAAUCACAUGCUGGAUUUAAAUAGGUCUUAAUUUUAUAUUUCUGAUUUAUCUUAUUUGGAAAAGACCAUUCCUAGAAUAUAUAGCAAAUAUCAUGAUAAUUGCAUUAGAAAUAGUCAAUCUUGCCUUGAUAAUAUUCCUUGGUAUUAUCAUUCAGGAAACUAGUUCCAAUCUGACAUCUAAUCUGAUUUAAACUAUACAUUACUGUUACUUAUUUACUAUGAUUGGCUUUAUAGGGUUAUCAAUAAUCUUUCAAUUUUUUUAUAUAAUAUAAAAGAUUUGCUAUUAUUUAAAAGGCCAAUAAUAAAUAUCUUCAAUUAAACAUGACUAAUCUCUCGUAAAGCCUAUUUCAUAUUAAGAAACUAAAGAAGAAAAAUAAAAUUAAUUUUUUGAAUUUUUAUAUUAAUACAAUUUCUAAAGUAAAUCACAAUGGCUAAGGAAAAUCUAAACAGAUAGAAAGUUUUAAAGAAAUUAUGAGAUUUAAGAAUGA